UUGGAGGUUACAAGGAGACACAGGAAACCGCGAUGUGUGGCGUUUGCGCUCGAUAUCCAUGCAGCUGCGGGAUCCUUGCAGCUGUUAUAGGGACCUUCUGUAUCUUCUCCGCCUCCUGCGCCACCAGCAUCUACAUCCGCCUCACGCCCCUGUACACCACCAUCAGCUGUGAACAUGCCUCCACCGGCGUGGAAAAUCUGCACAUUGGGAUUCCCUUGAUCUCACCCACGACCCUAGAUCUCAUCAUUCAGAUGAACUGCAGCAAUCCAAAUCCAUAUUCCAUAGGCUUCGAAUGGACCCGGCUUGGGGGAGUCUAUCUGGGCGCUGGGCGGACGAAGGUGGGGGACACCUCUGCGGUUCCGGGAAAGGUGAGUUACUUCCCCGCGGACGGUUUCGGUUCCAUUUGGGUGCGUGCCAAUACCACCAUUAGCGCCAUGAUGCUGGCUCGCCUCGCUGGGGAUUUGAUCCAAUCCAAGGGCCAGUUGCCAUUGAGACUGGAACUUCGACAGAGGCUCUCGGUGGAUGUCAUGCUCCUCGGGAGCAUGGGACCAAAGGUGUCGCAGCCCUUCGUGAAGGAAUGUGGGAUGAUGAUCAGCGACCUGGGCUUGAAGCCCAAGAUAGGUCCCAUGGCCUGUGCCGAUUCCUUCGACCAACUGGCCAUUCCACCUGUGGGCGCUGACCCCUACGAUGGCACCAUGCGUUUUUCGGCCAAACAGGUGGCGCCCAAGACCAUCCAGGAGGGGAUGAACUUGAAGAAUUGGGGAUUGGGCAUCACCAUGGCAGUCUUCUAUACCCUGGGGGCGAUCCUGUACAUUGUGGCAGGCUGGAAAUUCUGGUCAGUGGCAAGGGACCGCUACCAGCUGGGCAAGUCGGCACGGGAUUCACAUGUGGAGAUGGGCUCUUCCUCUGACUCCAAUGAAUCAGCUAUUUGACCUGCAGAAUGAUCAUUGGUGUGAUAUUGCUGGGGAAAUCUGCAGGAAAUCCGUUUAUACCCAAACAUCGGGUUUUCCUAAUGAAUCCAAUGAAGUGACUUUUGAAGGUCUCAGACCUUGUGAAUACCAACCAUGUAUAUAGUCCUUUGUAGCAGAUCGCUGGAUAGCCUGGAUAGCCUACAUUUUCUGAACAUUCCGAUUUUCGAUCAUUAUCAAGUCUUUCUCGUUUUGAUUCAGCUUCUGCAAAGUUGCGAUGAUUGUGGAGGGGUCGCUGUUUUUCCAAGCACCUCAUCUGCAAAGCAACUCAAGACCAAACCCACAUGGAUGCUAAGCAUUCAACUGAAAUACCACACCUGCGAUCCGCUGCAAACACAACUGCAGGUGUUCAAGUUGGGCGCAAAGAUACGCCAGCUGUCAAUGAUCAUACGCCAUGUUAAAA